UCCGACCGCGGCGACGUGCCCGGGUCGGGGCCCUGUGGGCCCUGCAGGGUCCUGCCGUCGCCUCGGCCGGCUCCUCUCGCGCCAUGGACCCUCCCCAGCCCUGACGUCCCGCUCGUGCCGCUGAGGAAGGUAGGCAGAUUUGGAGCUAUGGCUGGUGCCUCCGUGAAAGUGGCAGUGAGGGUUCGUCCCUUCAGUGCCCGUGAGACAAGCCAGGAUGCCAAGUGUGUGGUCAGCAUGCAAGGCAGCACCACUUCCAUCAUAAAUCCCAAACAGAGCAAGGAUGCCCCUAAAAGCUUCACCUUCGACUACUCCUAUUGGUCACAUACAUCGGCGGAAGACCCUCAGUUUGCAUCUCAGCAGCAGGUCUAUAGGGACAUCGGAGAAGAGAUGCUGCUCCAUGCCUUUGAAGGCUACAACGUGUGCAUCUUUGCCUAUGGGCAGACCGGGGCUGGAAAAUCUUAUACCAUGAUGGGGCGGCAGGAGCCAGGGCAGCAGGGUAUCGUGCCUCAGCUCUGUGAAGAUCUCUUUUCUCGUGUUAGCAAAAACCAGAGCACACAACUAUCCUAUUCUGUAGAGGUGAGCUAUAUGGAGAUCUAUUGUGAGAGGGUCCGAGACCUCUUGAAUCCCAAGAGUAAGGGCUCUCUACGGGUCCGGGAGCACCCCAUUCUGGGCCCCUAUGUGCAAGACCUCUCUAAAUUGGCUGUGACUUCCUACGCAGACAUUGCUGACCUCAUGGACUGUGGAAAUAAGGCACGGACUGUGGCUGCCACCAACAUGAAUGAGACCAGCAGUCGGUCCCAUGCUGUCUUCACCAUUGUCUUUACACAGCGCUGCCAUGACCAGCUCUCAGGACUGGACUCCGAGAAGGUUAGUAAGAUCAGUUUGGUGGACCUCGCUGGGAGUGAGAGGGCUGACUCCUCAGGGGCCCGAGGCAUGCGUCUGAAGGAGGGUGCCAACAUCAAUAAGUCUCUGACUACUCUAGGGAAGGUCAUCUCAGCCCUUGCGGAUAUGCAAUCAAAGAAGCGGAAGUCGGAUUUUAUCCCUUACAGGGACUCUGUGCUCACCUGGUUACUCAAGGAGAAUUUGGGUGGGAACUCACGCACAGCAAUGAUUGCAGCCUUGAGCCCUGCUGACAUCAAUUACGAGGAGACUCUCAGCACCCUCAGGUAUGCUGACCGCACCAAGCAAAUCCGCUGCAAUGCUAUCAUCAAUGAGGAUCCGAAUGCCCGGCUGAUCCGGGAACUGCAGGAGGAAGUGGCUCGGUUACGAGAAUUGCUAAUGGCUCAGGGACUCUCAGCAUCUGCUUUGGGAGGCCUGAAGGUGGAUGAAGGGAGUUCUGGAAGUGUUUUGCCAGCUAUAUCGUCUCCCCCUGUUCCAGCUUCACCCUCAUCUCCCCCUGCACUCAAUGGGGAGCUGGAGCCAUCUUUCUCUCCUAACUCUGAGCCUCAGAUUGGACCUGAGGAGGCCAUGGAGAGGCUACAGGAGACAGAGAAGAUUAUAGCUGAGCUGAAUGAGACCUGGGAGGAGAAGUUACGCAAGACAGAAGCCCUGAGGAUGGAGAGAGAAGCAUUGCUGGCUGAAAUGGGAGUAGCUGUUCGGGAAGAUGGGGGAACUGUGGGUGUCUUUUCUCCAAAGAAGACUCCCCACCUGGUGAACCUGAAUGAAGACCCCCUGAUGUCUGAAUGUCUGCUCUACCACAUCAAAGAUGGCAUCACCAGGGUUGGCCAGGUAGAUGUGGACAUCAAGCUAACUGGGCAGUUUAUUCGGGAGCAACACUGUCUGUUCCGAAGUAUCCCUCAGCUGGAUGGAGAAGUGGUGGUCAUGCUGGAACCUUGUGAAGGAGCUGAGACCUAUGUCAAUGGGAAACUUGUAACGGAGCCACUCGUGUUAAAAUCAGGGAAUAGGAUUGUGAUGGGCAAGAACCACGUUUUCCGCUUCAAUCACCCGGAACAGGCACGGCUGGAACGUGAGCGAGGGGUUCCUCCACCUCCAGGGCCACCUUCUGAACCUGUUGAUUGGAACUUUGCUCAGAAGGAACUGUUAGAGCAGCAAGGCAUUGACAUCAAGCUAGAAAUGGAGAAGAGGCUGCAGGAUCUGGAGAAUCAGUACCGGAAGGAAAAGGAAGAGGCAGAUCUACUGCUAGAGCAGCAGCGAUUGUAUGCAGACUCUGACAGUGGUGAUGACUCCGACAAGCGCUCCUGUGAAGAGAGUUGGCGACUCAUCUCCUCCUUGCGGGAGCAGCUUCCCCCCACUACAGUCCAGACCAUUGUCAAGCGCUGUGGCUUACCCAGUAGUGGCAAGCGCAGGGCACCUCGAAGGGUGUAUCAGAUCCCCCAGCGUCGGCGGUUGCAAGGCAAAGACCCUCGCUGGGCCACAAUGGCUGAUCUGAAGAUGCAGGCAGUGAAGGAGAUCUGCUACGAAGUGGCCCUGGCUGACUUCCGCCAUGGGCGAGCCGAGAUUGAGGCCCUGGCUGCCCUGAAGAUGAGGGAGCUGUGCCGCACCUAUGGCAAGCCUGAGGGGCCUGGUGAUGCCUGGAGGGCUGUGGCCCGGGAUGUCUGGGACACAGUGGGUGAGGACGAAGGUGGAGGUGGAGGAGGCGGGAGUGAAGAAGGAAUUCGUGGGGCAGAGGUGGAGGAUCUUCGGGCUCACAUCGACAAGCUCACAGGGAUUCUGCAGGAGGUAAAGCUACAGAACAGCAGCAAGGACCGGGAGUUGCAGGCCCUGAGGGACCGCAUGCUCCGCAUGGAGAGGGUCAUCCCACUGACCCAGGAUCAUGAGGAUGAGGAUGAAGCAACUGAUGAGGCCACCUGGGCCAUGCCACAAGGGUCAGAGGCAGUGGAAGAGGAAGCUCCCAGUGACCGUGUCCCCUUAGCCCGACCCCCAUCACCACCCUUGUCAAGCAUGGAGCGUGUGUCUCGGCUGAUGGAAGAGGAUCCAGCCUUCCGUCGUGGCCGCCUUCGCUGGCUCAAGCAGGAGCAGCUGCGGUUGCAGGGACUGCAGGGCUCUGGGGGCCGUGGUGGGGGGCUGCGCAGGCCCCCUGCCCGCUUUGUGCCCCCUCAUGAUUGCAAACUGCGCUUUCCGUUCAAGAGUAACCCUCAGCACCGGGAGUCCUGGCCAGGGAUGGGGGGUGGGGAGGCUCCAGCUCCACCCCAGCCACCGGAGGAUGCCACUCCCCUGAUGGUCCCUCCUACCCGUAGGCCCCCAAGUCCGCGCAGGUCCCACCGUCCCCGCAGAAACUCUCUGGAUGGAGGCGGCCGAUCCCGGGGAGGGGGUUCUGCACAGCCUGAACCCCAGCAUUUCCAGCCCAAGAAGCACAACUAUUAUCCCCAGCAGCCCCAACCAUACCCAGCUCAACGGCCCCCAGGGCCCCGUUAUCCCCCAUACACUACUCCCCCAAGAAUGAGACGCCAGCGCUCAGCUCCCGACCUCAAGGAGAGUGGGGCGUCAGUGUGAGUCCCACGUCCUGGGCAGAGAGGCCCUUGCUGGGCAGAGAGAAGAAGCCAGAGAAGCUGCUUCCCCAGAAGCUCUGGGGUAUGGAAGUCCUAGAGAUGAGAUAGAAGGUUCGAGUAGGUGCUAGAAGAUGCAGGGAUGACUGGCUGGAGGCUAAAGGAGGAAAGAGGGCAUGGAGUUGCCAGGAACAAACCAAAGUGAAGGAAAAGCAAAGCAAAGCUGCCUUGGGGCUACCCCUUGCAGGGGGGAGGGUCCCACAAACGCUGCUAUGGGUGGGGUGGGGGGCUAGGGUGCUGCAUAGCCAGUGUUUGACUUUUCUUUUCAAGAGGGGCAAAAGGGAGAGGACCAGAGUGAGGCAAGCUCUUCCUGCCCCUGUCUGUCUGUCUGUGGUGGAUUUCUGUUUCCAGGAAGGUGUGAUGGGAUAAGUCAUUCCCCUUCCCUUCUAAGCCUCCUGCUAUAUUGGGGUGGUCCUGUCUGUUUUGUGGUGUGCUUGGG